GCCACUAAUUACGUCACGCCCCUCGUUUUUUCUUCUUCAUUUCGCAUAAACGUACGCUGUACUCUUUUUCGGUCUACCAGUUGAUACCCAUUGAAAGCGAAGGGCGGCUUGUCACAACGCAGCCACGGGCACGUUGACCAGGCCAGAGCGGCGGCAGCAGCAGCGGAGGAGGAGAAGAAGAAGAAGAAGAAGAAGCGACGGCUGCCUCUUAAUAGGAUAAUAUUGUUAUCUAUCCUUUUCCCCCUUCGCUGGAAUAACUUGGCUCUGUGUGCCGGUGAGGAAUCUGCUUUUCUCACUCAUGAAGCCGUACAGCGGCGUUAACAAUACAUAAGGCGAAUAACGGAAGGAUUAGACGCUACAGUGUAGCGGCGCAAUCAUCGCAUGUGCUGGCAGGGAUUGGCGCUGGAAAGGCCAAGUCAGAUCGCAAGCUGAAAUCGUUCAUGUGUGUGACCUCCAUCACAUUUUAGGGCAAUUUAUUCAAGCCGCUAGAUUAGCUUGGAAACUGCAGCCAAUGCUGGUCCAUUCGCUAUUGUGUGCGUUUGAUAUAACUUAGCUAGGCGGCCAACCAGGACGCGCUGAUGAGCCUGUGUGCGUAGCGGAAUGAUGAUCAGAAUAAACCUCCACCAGACAGGCUCUAAUGGCUCACAUUAAUUGUCAAAAACUCAAUUGAUAAUUGGCUUGUGUGACUAUUAAAUACAGCAUCAUAGUCGGUGUUUCUGGUCAGACCAGGUAGGCCCUGCUAUCAUUCAUAAAACUGUCCUGGUCGCCAAUAAUGGGCCCAUGUCUUAAAUUGGAAAACAAAGAAUUAAGCUACUGAAGAGGGUAAGCUGGUUAGAUAAGCUUGUUUUAGCGUUUUUAGGUGAGCUAGCAAGCUGGUUCACGGAUUAGACACACAGUCUGGACAGUAUUGCUCCCUGCACUCCCUCUGUCCUUCAAUUUUCCCCUCCCGGUUUCCACGUUUUUGUUCUUCCUGCGCCGCACCACAAUGAGCGGUCAUACCGGGGACGCCGGACCAGUGGAAGUGGAGCCCAUGCCGGGAUACUUAGACCUCAUCACCAGAGCCUCCACCGUAAUGCUGGGCGCAUGGAAAGACUGCAAUCCUUGCGGUUUGGAGCUCUCUAAACGGACUCUCCUGGAUAAUGCAAACAUAACCUUGACCGAGAUCACCCUGUUCUUCUUUUGCGCCUUUUUGUGGACGCAGGUCAGGCGGGGACUGACUGAAAGUCUGUUUCAGCCUCUAGCACAGUGGUGCAGGCUGCUGCCCAAAGAUGCUGCCAAGAUGCCAGAGAGCGCGUGGAAGCUGGUCUUCUACACCAUGUCCUGGUCAUACAGCACCUACCUGCUCUUCUUCACCUCCUACUCCUUUUUCCAUGACCCGCCCUCUGUCUUCUACAACUGGAAGAGUGGUAUGUCGGUACCUACAGACAUCGCCAUAGCCUACCUGAUCCAGGGCAGCUUCUACGGCCACUCCAUCUAUGCUACGGUCUACAUGGACGCGUGGAGGAAGGACUCAGCUGUCAUGGUGGUGCACCACAUCAUCACGCUGGCACUCAUUAGUUUUUCCUACGCGUUUAGAUACCACAACGUAGGGAUUCUGGUGUUGUUCCUCCACGACAUCAAUGACAUCCAGCUGGAGUUCACCAAGCUCAACAUCUACCUGAAGACCAGAGGAGAAGGCUAUCACCUGCUCAACGAUGUGCUGUCCAACAUGGGCUCUGUCAGCUUUAGCGUCACCUGGUUCUGGUUCCGUCUCUACUGGUUCCCUCUCAAAGUGCUGUACGCCACAUGUGUGUCCAGCCUCCAGUCUGUCCCCAACAUCCCCUUCUACUUCUUCUUCAACACUCUUCUCCUGGCGCUGCUGCUCAUGAACAUCUACUGGUUCUUGUUCAUUGUUGUUUUCGUAGUGAAGGUGCUAAAAGUGAAGGAGGUGAACGACGUCAGGGAGUACGAAGACGAGGAAGGCAACAACGCGGCAGCUGGCCUGCUCAAGGAACCUCAGGCAGAAAACCACGAUGAUGAAGAUGAUGCUGGACAUCACAACUCUGCCCAGGGAAAGCACGUGCAGAAUGGGAUCAACAAAAAGAAGCAUCUAUAACAGGCUCUCCGUCGCCACCACCUGGCACUAGGCUGUAACUACAAGCAAGACAAGACGCCCUCCUUGGACGGCUCGCGCUAAAAAAACAUGGCUGAAGGGAAGAGGGUCAGAAAAAGAAAAAAGGAAGGAAAAAUAGCAAGUUUUUACUCCUUUUUUUUUUUAUUUGUUUUACAACAUUUCAUUUCAUCGCUGUCAUUUUGUUUUUAUUAGAGCAUUGUGAAUGUUAUUUCGGGUGACUUUUUGUCUUAUUGUUGCUAACUUUAAAUUUGAUAGAUUCAGUAGAAAGAAAAAAAAAAAACCAGUUUGAGUAAGAUUUGGGCUGGGAUUGUUACGUACAGUCUGACAGGGUGUCAUAAUCAUCACCGUCACCCUGAACAGCGCCACAGCACCCAGAUUGCAGUCUGUAGACAUUUAGACCGACAGCAACCAUCAGCAACCUGGUAAACAAGCAGCUAAUUGUAAUAGUAUAGGGGUUAGCUGUGAUUGCCGUCAGUGAAAUAAUUAAUUAAUUUCCUCCUUUAACCUCCGUCCAACUUCUCUGAUGUCAGACAUGAAGAAAAGGAAAAAAAAAAUCAUGAACUAACAGACAGCUUCUGACGUCCGUUAGUUUCAAUUGAAAAGCCACAUUGGUGUGUGUGUGUGUGUGUGUGUGUGUGUGUGUGUGUGUGUGUGUGUGUGUGUGUGUGU